AUGACUUCAGCAAAAAUUGAAUUUGCGGUGAACAUGACUUGUCAAAAAUGCGUUGAAGCGGUACGCAACAGUUUGGCUGGUGUGAAUGGAAUUGAAAAUAUUGAUAUAUCGUUGGAAAACGGAAAUGUUGUGGUGCAAACAAAUUUACCGUAUUCUGUAAUUCAAGAGAAAAUUGAACAAUCCGGGAGGAAAGCUGUCUUGAAAGGAUAUGGAGAAAAUGUUAGUGCUGUGGCAAUGUUAGGAGGAAAUUCAGGCUAUAGUAUUAACAACAAGGUAAUGGGUGUGAUAAGAUUUACACAGACUCUUGAUGGGUGUGUUAUAGAUGGUACAGUUGAUGGUUUAAAUCCUGGAGAACAUGGCAUACAUAUACACGAAUGUGGUGAUAUUUCUAAAGGCUGUGACAGCGUUGGAGAACAUUUCAAUCCAAAUAAUACAAUACACGGUGGACCUGAUGAUGAUGUACUUAAACGGGUAAAUAUUCAAGAUCAACAUGUAGGAGAUCUUGGUAAUAUAACAGCAAAUGAUGUUGGUAGAGCUACCUUCCGAAGAAUAGACAAACUUAUAAAUGUAACUGAUAUUAUUGGAAGAUCCCUAGUUAUAACAGAAAAUCCAGAUGAUUUUGGGCAGGGAAAUGCUCCGGAUUCUAAAUUAAAUGGAAACAGUGGAAAUAGAUUAGCUUGUGGCAUUAUUGCUCGUUCGUCUAGUUUGUUUCAAAAUUUCAAGAAGAUUUGUGCUUGUGAUGGGCUCACACUGUGGGAUGAAAGAAAUAAAGCACUUUCCAAGAAACAAGAAUCUAAUAGUUACUCUGGAACAACAAAAUUGUAAAUAAUAUCAAAAGGAGAC